GCCAUGGUUAACUCACUCAUAUUGAUGCUCAGCUGGACUGUGAUCUCUGAGUUUGUGAGAGCUCAGAAUGACACGGAACCGAUUGUCCUGGAGGGCAAAUGCCUCGUGGUCUGCGACUCUAAUCCGGCAACGGACUGGAAGGCUUCAUCCUCUCCGCUCGGCAUCUCGGUGCGCGCCGCCAACUCCAAGGUGGCUUUCUCUGCAGUCCGGAGCAACAACCACGAGCCGUCGGAGAUGAGCAACAAAACAAGAAUAAUCUACUUCGAUCAGGUUCUUGUGAAUAUAGGAAACUACUUCACAUUUGAAUCAGUAUUUUUGUCCCCGAGGAAAGGAGUCUACAGUUUUAACUUCCACGUGAUUAAAGUGUACCAGAGCCAAACUAUACAGGUGAACUUGAUGUUGAAUGGGAAACCAGUCAUCUCUGCCUUUGCGGGUGACAAAGAUGUAACUCGCGAGGCAGCCACUAAUGGAGUUCUGCUCUAUCUUGAAAAAGAGGACAAAGUCUACCUUAAGCUGGAAAAGGGAAACCUAGUUGGUGGAUGGCAAUACUCAACAUUUUCUGGCUUUCUUGUGUUUCCUCUGUAA